UGUAAAGCUUUUAAAAAAACAAAAAUGAUUUCUUCUGCGGGUUUAUUUGGUUUAGCUUUAAAACUUUGGAUGAUUCUGACUCAUGAAGCAAGUUUUUCAUCUUAAUCCUGCAACCUGCCACAAAUCUCUCCAUUUUAGACAUUUUACAUUUGCUUUUCGUCUGUACAGGGCUUUUAUUAUGAAACUCUGGGACACGAAUAAGCCCUUUGGGCGCAUGCGUAGAAGAAGCAGGUUUGCAGCAGCGGUUCUCCUGAGGCGCGGACCGAGCCGGAGCACGGUGUAGUAUCCCCCCGCUCAGUACUCGGGUUACUGCAGUAGUCAUGUGUACUCUUGAGUAUCUGAAGGACUUUAUCCAGCGGAGGCUGACGGCAGCCGCGGAGGAAAUCUUCAGCGAGGUGGAGAAAACCUUCGUGCAGUACGAGGAGGAGCUCGACCGUCACCGGCGGCUGCAGCGGAAGCUGCUCCUCACAGACCUCCCACAGCAACGUGAAAAUGGAGAGGAGGAGAUUCUUACUGACCAGGAGAGACCCUCAGGUGUGGACCAGGAUGAACCACAGCAACCACGGAUUAAAGAGGAACAGGAGGAACUCUGCACCAGUCAGGAGAACCCCCAACCUCCACAGAUAAAAGAGGAGGAGGAAGAAGUUAGCACCAGCCUAGAGGACCCAGAAUCUUCACAGAUUAAAGAAGAAGGGAAGGAACCAUGCACCAGUCAGGACGGAGAGCAGGUCGUGCUGAAGGAGGAGACUGAUACCUUUACGGUGACUCCUGUUCACGAGGAAGAUGGCUGCAGUGAAGCAGGACCAAACAAUGUUCUGCUCUCCCCUCUGAGCCCUCCUGACGCUGAGAAUGGGAAGAAGUACUAUCGUAUUUACACAAUGAAAUAUCUUGAAAGAAUUCAGACAGUUGACAAAAGAUACUGUUGCAAAAUAUGUGGGAAAGGUUUCGCUCACAGGUGUAACUUGGUGGACCACAUGAGAAUUCACACUGGUGAAAAGCCAUACACAUGUGAAACAUGCGGGAAAAGUUUCAACAGAGUUGGUAAUUUUAAUGCCCACAUGAGAAACCACACGGGUAAGAAGCCCUAUGCUUGUGAAACGUGCGGGAAAGGUUUUAAUCAUCGAUGCAAUUUGGUGGACCACGUGAGAAUUCACACAGGUGAGAAACCAUACACAUGUGAAACAUGUGGGAAAAGUUUCAAUCGAGUUGGUAAUUUUAAUGCCCACAUGAGAACUCAUGCAAGUAAGAAGAUGUUUUCUUGUGAAACCUGCGGGAAAGGUUUCAAUAGAAGGGGCCACUUUAAUGCCCACCUGAAAACGCACACAGGUGAGAAACCUUAUCCCUGUUACACGUGUGGGAAAACGUUUAUAAAUGCAUCAAGGCUCAAAUUUCACAUGAUAAUUCACACCGGUAAGAAACCCUAUUCUUGUGAAACAUGUGGGAAGCGUUUCAUUCGAAAAGUGCACUUGACCACCCACGUGAGAAUUCACACAGGUGAGAAACCUUAUCCCUGCGAGGUAUGUGAGAAAAGAUUUAUUGACGCGUCAACGUUAAAGUGUCACAUGAGAACUCACACAGGUGAAAAACCGUAUGUUUGUAACAUCUGUGGGAAAGCAUUUUCUGUCUUAUCGACCUUUAAAAGUCACACCUCGGUUCAUACAGGUGAGAAACCGUAUUCCUGUGAAAUAUGUGGGAAAACAUUCAGUCGCAGUGGUCACUUGACUGUACACGUAAGAACUCACACGGGUGAGAAGCCAUACUCGUGUAAAACAUGUGACAAAACUUUCAGUCAAAGGCAUCAUUUGACUUCCCACAUGAGAUCUCACACAGGUGAGAAGCGGUAUUCUUGCCAAAUGUGUGAGAAAAGCUUUGUUCAAAGCAGUCAUUUGUGGCGCCACAUGCGAACUCACACAGGCGAGACAUCGUCGUCCUGAAACAUCUCUGUGGGAUUAUCUUCAAGUGACGCUUAGGAAAAUAAAAGAGGUUAACAGAGGAACUUUCAGAUCUCAGAGCUCUGUAGUUUAUUGCAUGUGACAAAGUACUCGAUGGAUCAAAUGAAUCAUGAUUUGAUCCGACAGUGAGGCUGUCAGAUUUGUCCGGUCUGUAAGUUUUGAUUUUUACAGAAACACGUUGCAUAUUUUGAAAAAUGCUGCCUUUCGUCUCCUCUUUUGUUCACUUUUGUGCUGUUCUCAUGAUGUAAACAUGAGAAAAAGAAGUUAAUGUUACAACAUGUUAAGGCUUUUACUUUUUCCUAUCUCUCUUCUUUUUCUCGUCACCGCAGGUCACUGCAGACCUCAUUCUGGGAUGUGAACCUUACCCAUAAAGCACUUUGAGAUGACUGUUAUUGUGAACUUGGCAGUGUUGGAAGGUUACUUUUAGAAUGUAUUCCACUACAGAUUACAUAAUACAUGCCCCAAAAUGUAGUUUGUAACUUAUUUCAUUAAAUUACUUAAUGCCAGUAACAUGUUCUGAAUACUUUAGAUUACUUGAUAUAUUGUCAUGGUUUUUACAACUAAAUGGAUGUACUGUGUGAUUUAUUACUAUUACUGAAGGCUACUUGCCACUGAGCUAAUAUUGUUAGCUGGCGUUAGCUGAGGUUAGUUCAUAGACUGCUUUAGGAACUGCACAUGAUUAUUUGCACCUAGCAGGCUGUUAAUGCUUUCCACCAAGUCUAGCAGUCUGCAGUCUAAUAGUACUAAAUCACACAGCAGUAGUAAAAUCGAAGAUACUGAAGUGGCACAUAACCCAGGUAGCUACCACAACUAAAACAAGGUAGCUGCAGUAGGCUAAUGUUAGUUUUAAAAAAAGAGCUUACUUCCAGAUGUUUCGUUACGUUGGAGUCUUUUGAUGCUGAGAGCAGCUUGGUUGCUGACAAACAGUUUUCAUUGCACGGUCAGAUUUCAUCCCUUUCUUCUUUAAAUAUGAAGUAUUGUUGGAAAUUCCAAGUAAUAAAUGUAUUCCUACCUGUGCACUGUUGGUUCUGUUGUGCUGGCUCCAGGUCCAUUGUGUAACUGAUGCCACCAACAUUAACAGGACGCUUGCAUCAGAGCCUUUAUUGUGUGUUUGUUUGGGUUUCUGACAAUGCGUUUAAAAAUUAGAGAGGGGACAGCCGAACAUAUGAAACAUAUGUAUGUAUCAUAUGUAUUUAUUUCAACAAAGUAACGGUUUUCUAAUUAUCACCUUUUUAAACGGUAACUGUAACAGAAUACAGUUACUCACAUUUUGUAUUUUAAAUGUCUUCCAUUACUCCCCAACACUGGAACUUGCUCUAUUGAUAAAACUGGCUUGAGCUGAGCAGAGGUUCCAUCUUACUUUGUCUUUGUUUGCAUGUUUAUGCGUCACGUUUCUCUUUCUUUGUGCGGCUGGAUUUACAGGAAGUGUUCCAGCUCCCGCACCAUUAGUGUAGUGUCUAGUAUUACAAUAGUUUUCUCAUUAUUUUAAGUAUAUCUUUCCAAAGAGUCUUUUUUUACAUCAGUGUUUCUCCAUGAAAACACUUCCUGAGUUUGGUCAGUUUUAGUAGAAUUUAUUUUUUUUUGCUUAGUUUAUAUUUUUGUCUAUUUUAUGAUUACAGUCUUUUCACUGUUUCACUCACUGCUGUAGAUGAACCUGUAGAAAUAAAAUUUCUUUUGUCAAAGAAACCUGAUAA